UUAUAAGGACAACUUCAGUGUAAUUGAGCCAGUAGAGUAUAUUUUGGAUCCAGAGAAGAAUUUUAGCUUUCAAUAUGUGCCUGUUCUUCAAUCCUUACUGCAAUUGUUGAAAAAUGAAGACAUUGUAAACAGGUUAUUGACUAAACAGACUACUUCAGACGACUCACGGUUUGCAUCCUUCCGUGAUGGUAAAUAAUUCAAGCUAAAUGAAUUUCAUGCUAAUGAGGAGUUCAGUAUUUCCCUUAUACUGUAUGCAGAUGAUUUUGAAAUCUGCAAUCCCCUUGGAACUUCACGGAAAAAACAUAAAGUCACAGCAGUUUACUGGGCACUAGCCAAUACACCACCUGAACUGAGAUCACAGUUAACAUCAAUUCAUUUAGCUCUCCUUUGUAAAGCAAAUCAUAUAAAACAUUUUGGCUAUGAAACUGUUCUUGAGCCUCUUUUGAAGGAUCUCAUAACAUUGGAGAGAGAAGGAGUUUUUUUGCCUCAGGUUGGCAAAAAUAUCAGAGGUACUGUUUUUUGCGUUUCAGCAGACAAUCUUGGUGCGCAUUCUUUAAGUGGACUUGUAGAAAACUUUAGUGGACAUUAUAUCUGUAGGUUUUGUAUUGGCGACCGUUCUGACUAUCAGCAAAAAGAAGUACAUUAAGGAGCUUUUCCAUUAAGAACAAAAGAGAACUAUGAUUUACAUGUUCAGUCUGUAAAGAUAAAUCCUGCUUUGGUACACUGUUGUGGUGUGAAGAAAAGUUGUCCCAUCACAGAGAAAUUAAGUCAUUUCCAUUUUGUAACCGGGUACCCACCAGACCUUCUACAUGACCUUUUUGAAGGAAUAAUUCCUUUGGAACUGGCACUGUGUCUUAAUGUGUGCAUCCACAAGAAGUACUUCACCUUGACAGAACUUAACAAGUCCAUCACACAAUUUCCAUACAAAUUUACUGAUAAAACGGAUCACCCCGGACCUAUCCCAGUGAAUUUUGCCUCUCGUAAAAGUAUUGGUGGGAACGCCAGUGAAAACUGGACAUUGUUAAGAUUAUUAUCAUUUAUUAUUGGUGCAACUGUACCACUGAAUGAUCCAGCAUGGCACGUUCUUAUGAUUUUAAAAGAUUUAACUGAGCUUGUAGUAGCCCCCAUUCAUACUGAGGAAAGUCUUUGCUACCUAGACACGCUGAUAUCAGAACAUCGUCACAGGCUGUUGGAAGUUUUCCCAGAUCAAAAAUUGAUUCCAAAGCACCAUUUUUUGGAGCAUUAUCCUGAUUUGAUAAGAGGGUAUGGUCCUUUGGUUAGCCUCUGGACUAUGCGAUUUGAGGCUAAACAUAGCUUCUUUAAGCAAGUUAUUAGACACACAAAGAGCUUCAGAAAUGUAUUGAUGUCACUUGCCUCAAAGCACCAAAUGAUGAUGGCAUACAUUUCACAAGGAAAUGCUUUGAAACCUGCAGUGUGUGUCACAAAAAUAUCAUCUCUUCCAUUAGACAUACUUGAUACAGGAAUACAGCAGUCUUUCAAGGCAGUUUAUCCAACACAAACCUCUGUGAAUUUGACCAAUGUGGCCAUACUCCAUGGAACUAAAUAUGCUGCUGGGAUGGUUUUGCCUUAUGGGUCAACUGGUGGUAUAUCUGAUUUUGUUAUGAUUUCACAGAUUGUUAUUGUCGAUGGCAGUGUCAGUUUCAUUGUGAAAAUGCUUAACAGCUGGUAUGAUGAACAUUUUAGGGCAUUUAUGUUAGACCACUCUGGGAAAAUGACCCUGGUACAGCAGAGUGAACUUGGGGACACAUAUCCCUUGACAGCAUAUUUUGUGGAAGGAAAACUCAUGGUGACAUUGAAACGUCACAUUAUUUGCCAGUGUUAGGUGAUGAGUUUGACUCUUUAAUGUCUAACACCUUACUUCCUUCCUUCAGAGAAAUUUCUUUCUCUUUCUGUCAAGAUGGAUUUCGUUGCAUUGAAGGUUAUUAUAGAACACCGGAGUGAGAAGCUUACACUGUCCUCAGGAAUACCCAGCACUGUAGAACAGUUACAUGAGACAGUAAAGGAGACAUUUGGACUCAUUGAGGAUUUUACCCUGCAUUACCUGGAUGAGGACUUUGGUGAUUACUUCACUCUGCAUUCUACCAACCAGAUUAAACACAAGGGGACAAUCAAAGUGGUGAUGAUUCCAUCGGUAGUUCUUACAUUGACUGCUUUGACUGAAAACCAGACAGAUAUAAUGAAUGACAGUUUAAGCUCUGCUACUGAUGCAACGCCAGAUUCCCAGACAGAUGCCUCAUCAGUGUCUUCACAAGACAUCCUAUCCCCACGUAGAAGCCCUCAGACGACAACAUGGCCAAAUCAAAUCAUCAUUCCACUUUUCUCUGUGGCAACAGAGACAGUACGGAUGAAUGCCAAUGAAGAGUUUGUCAAAGAUCGUACUGUGCUGAACAAUUCUCGGAUCCGAUCUGAAAUCAUGGAAAAAUUAGCUGACUACAUGUACAGCUACACACCCUACCCCACAGGCCUUCAGCUAGGUGAGGUGGCAGAGGCUUUAGUCAGAAAGCAUCCAUGCCUGACAGAGCUAGGCAGUCGUAAUGGCUGGCUUGGAUGGAUGUACAGUCUUAAAUACAAGAUGGGAAAUUACAGGUCGAAGCUCCGAAGCCUUGGAUUUCCUGAGGUUGUCUGCAACUCACUUAAGAACAAGCACCCGGAUGACAGGUCUGCUGCAAAGAAUAUAAAGAAAGCACGGAAAGGAGAAGUGGUGUUUCUCCCACACUAUCCUGCGGGAGACAGUAAGGAACAACAAGAGCUGGACCGAAACCAACUAAUCACUGAAUCAAAGAAGAGAGAGAGCACAGUCGUCAAGGACUUGAUGUGCAGAACCUUUGCACAUAGGAGACAUGAGGUUGUCACCCUACAGAUGAGCAUCAGUGACAUCAAGGACAGAUGGCCCGCCUUGUUUGAUGUCUCGCAAGUUAGCGCAGAGUUUCAGAGGAUCACCACACUGAAUCUUGAGCCAAAAUUCAUGGCAAUGUUGGACUUCUAUACACCUAAACUGCUGUCCUUGUUUCAAACGAAGAAAGGUGCUGCAGGAGAGAGACAUCGGGCACAAAUGAGUGUUCUACUUAAGAGUGGAAUCCCCAUUCAACAGACCCGUGAGGUUGUCAUCCGAUGUCUCAUCAAUCAUUUGGGAGAAGAUGCCAGUGCCUUGUUCAAGGACUUUGAGGAUGCUGCUGAUGGAUCUGCCAGUGUUCAAGAGGAGUUGGCAGAAGAGGUCAUGAAGAUUUACCUGCUGCGGAAACAAGAUGGGUCAUCGGAUGUUGGGAUUGUCAUUGAGGGCAACACUGUCCUCAGCAGUCUUGGAGAUGUUAGCAGGGCCUGCUGCUAUCUCUUGGGACUGAUGUACGUGUUAAAUCUGCAAUACCCCAAGAACCUCAAACAUAGUUUUGAGGUAUUCCAGAAAGUACUGCUGGAGCUGGAUUCUGGAAACCUUUCCAACAAGGUUCAGAGACUAAAGAAUUACCUCUGUAUGUAGCGACUGGCUACUGUUCAGCAAGAUGCUCUCUUAGUGAGGGAUUUUUUCAUUGGCAAGUCUGAAGUUUAGCUGAUGUACUGUUGUCUUAAUGUUUACAUAAGACUUAAGGUUUCCAUUCAUAGUGAAAUUGCAUGUUGGACUGUUCUUGUUUUCUGAUGUGGAACUUUAAUGUGAAAUAUCACUGUUUUUGGUGCAUUUCUGGAGGAUGCAAAAUGUUGUCCUUGGUGCAUUUUAGACAUGCUUAAUGUCAUUCUUCUGUUCAGACCAACCAGACCAGUCACACCCCCUGAGGGACUCAUUAUGGCUCCUGGUCACCGCCUGGUAGAGAGUUCAGUUAAAGCAACAAAAAGAAAACAGAGAUACAUAUGGAGGAUGUAGCUAUUUGUCUUUAGACCCAGGAAGUGAAACAUAAAGACAAGAAAGACUAGUAUAAGUAUAUUCAUGUAAAGAUGCUUUAAAAGAGUUUUGAUUGGUUUGGCAAUGCACUUUGACUGUUGGAACUUGCAACUCAAUUAGCUGAAUGUAAUUAUAGUUAUUGUAUAACAUGGUAGACAUUUAUUCAUUCUUGGUGCAUUCAGCCUGAUGCUCACAUGGACACUGUCACAUGCUCAGAUGUGACAGUAAAACCAUGUUAAAAGAAACUAGAUAAUAUACCAUGAGUUGUAAUGCCAGUUGAGAUUUCCUGGUUGAGACCCCUUAUUAAGAGUUCAACUGUUUUUAUAGCAUGGACAUUUUAACAUGUCAUUUGCAAAGAUAAACUGUUGGAUUUAAACUUCAUGGACAUUUUAACAUGUCAUUUGCAAAGAUAAACUGUUGGAUUUAAACUUGAUUAGAUUAGAUUAGAUUCAACUGAGGGGGUCUCAACCUGGAAAUCUCAACUGGCAUUACAACUCAUGGUAUAUUAUCUAGUUUCUUUUAACAUGGUUUAUUCUCGCCAGUGAGCAUGUGACAGUGUCCAUGUGAGCAUCACGCUGAAUGAACCAAGAAUUAAUAAAUGUCUACCAUGUUAUACAAUAACUAUAAUUACAUUCAGCUAAUUGAGUUUGGAUUUAAACUUGAUGAUUUAUAAUUGUCAAAACAGACAAAUAAAUGUUUACUU